UGUGGACUUUCACAUCUGGCGGGGCCAGAAGAAUUGCCCGAGCAGAGCAGGGCAAACAUUGCUCCCCAGCUGCGAGAUAACAGCCAAUUUUCUCUCUGCAUUUCCUCGUCAGCCUCGUUCAACCGGCCAGAGAAGUUUAGACAGGCGGAGGUAGGAAGCUCGCAAGGAGCUGGGGCUGCACACCUGGGCAGGGGCCAAGCCCAGCUGGACCAUGGCCAGAGAGAAUUUGCCGGACAAGAGUGUAGCGAGCUGACGGCGAUAACGGCUAAUUUGCUGCAGAGCUAAGCUUUCCGAGAAAUGCACCAGAAUUGAACAAAUGAUCUCAUCCAGUGGUAGGAAAAGCCGCCUUACCUCUCCAGCCUUAAGUUAAUCCGAGCCACCGUUUGCAUCCACAAACCUGCAUCCCCCUACUUCUCCAAGGCUAUCGCAACGCUGGCCGGAGAAACUGACCAAGAGUUCCAGGCCGUGGACGUACAGAAAGGGAUGGAAGAGAAGGACGAAGGACACCCCAGGGCUGAAGUUGCUCCACAACCCAAAUCAAGCAUCGCCCCACAACCACCCCUGAACCCCAGGAGCCUGCUGUACCCACAACGCUACACUGACCCAUAUGAUUCGAGGAGGUAUUUUGUGACAAGGCCAGGAGCCUUCGAUCAAGCCAUGGAGGACCUCAAGGCCCACCUGGUGGCAAACAAGGGCGAGACGGCUCACAGCUUCUGGCUGCUCACUGAGAUAGAUCACUGGAACAUCGAGAAGGAGCGGAUUGUGGUGAUCACAGACACUGCCCUCCUGGUCUGCAAAUAUGACUUCAUCAUGCUCAAGUGCCUGGAGAUCCAGAGGAUCCCUCUGAGCUACAUCGAGCAGAUCUGCACAGGCCCCUUCACUUUUCCAGAGAGGUCCUUGGACAGGUGAGGCGCCGUGACUCAUCAGAG